AUGAACGGUGGUCGAUUUGAUUUUGAUGAUGGAGGGACAUAUUGCGGGGGCUGGGAAGAGGCCAAGGCCCAUGGUCAUGGUAUCUGUACCGGUCCUGAAGGAAAAGGAGAAUACGCUGGAGCAUGGCAUUAUGGAUUCGAGGUAAGGAGCUUUAAAACUUUCUUCGAGCGUAACCCUUAUCUCCAGUGGUCGGAGUCACAUUGGGUUUGAAUUGUUGUGUCAUCUUUACGCAACAUUUUAGGUCUCUGGUGUUUAUACAUGGCCGACUGGUACCACAUACGAAGGACAGUGGCAGAACGGAAAGCGCCAUGGACUCGGUAUUGAGUCAAGGGGCAGAUGGGUAUACCAAGGCGAGUGGGCUCAGGGAUUAAAAGGCCGAUAUGGGCUUCGACAGUCUCGUCAUUCCAAAGCUAAUUACCUGGGUACUUGGUUCGGUGGACUUCAUGAUGGCUACGGGACCGAAACAUAUGCUGACGGAGGUAACUAUUUAUCUUUAGUUUAAACCAAUUGCUCUUUUCGGAAGACUCAUCCCAGAGAAAAUGAUUGGUGAGAUAUUAUUAAAGCUCUGAUCCUGAAAAUAGAGCAGGAUCGUUAAACGUGAGAAAACUUACCAUAUGUUUGCAGGAACCUAUAAAGGCCAAUGGCUCCGAGGCAUGAGGCAUGGCUACGGGAUAAGGACAAGUGCGCCGUAUGCAGUAGCAGCAAAGUAUAGGGCUCGUUCUCAUACAAACGCUUCGUUCACUAGCCUGAGGUCUGACAUUGGUCCCGAAGAGACAAGUGAUAAAAAGAAGAAGGAGAAAUCGGGGUCAGGACUCGACAAUGAAGAUGAAUUUCGUGGUGGUUUUGUACUCCGACUAAGAAGCGAUGCCCCGACUAAACGUCGCCGAUCUUUGUCUGAACGGUCGUUGGCUGUGAAACGUACUAUCUUGAGUAACCUUCGAAUCAAAAAGCAGCAUUCAACAGGGGACAUUCAUCAGCGGGUCACUUCAAUGACGGGUAGUCUGAAAUCCAGCGGAAGUACAAUGAGUUGUACCUCUGACGAAGACGGCGAGAAACAUUUAAAUGAUUAUUAUUUGGCUCCGGUACGUUCCAGGCUAUCAAGAUAAUCGAAAACUUAGGAAGAACGAGUUGCAGAUGAUGUUGUCGAAAGUUACAGAGGAGAAUGGAAGAACGACAAAAGAAGCGGCUUCGGAAUUUGCGAUAGGACUGAUGGAGUUCGUUUUGCAGGAGAAUGGGCGAGCAAUCGGAAACACGGGUAUGGAAUCACCUUCUUCAAAGACGGGACGUAAGUAGAAAGCAUGCAUAAGUAAUUUAACGUGUUCAGAAAGGAAGAAGGGCGUUACAAGAAUAACAUUUUGGUGUGUAGUACUCGACGAAAGGGAUUACUAUUUGUCCGAUCAUCGAAGCUUCGAGAACGAAUAGAAGCCAGUAUAGAAGCAGCGAAGCGUGCUGCAGACAUGGGUAAGUUCGCAAAUAAGUCGUAAUAUUUCCUUCAACCUCAUGCCAAUUUUAAAUCAAACGGGUUUAAAUUACAGCGGCACAAAGGGUAGACAUUGCCAUGUCGAGAACGGCAACUGCCCAGGAGAGAUCCGAAGCCGCAAUUGAUUCCGCAGCGAGAGCCCGGGAUGAUGCAAACACUGCCAGGAUACAUGCAGCCCAAUUUGACCCUAAUUUCAGGCAACCAGGUAAGAAUGCGCAAGACUUACGACCGUACGCUACAGGGAUCGAACACAUUAGACAAGCACGCCAUCGACUCGGUGAUUCAGUUUACCAGAACCAUGUAUCUUUCGAGUCGACGGGCAGCGGGCAUCCUGUGUCUUUUGAACAACCUCAUCAUUCGCAAAAUUAUCUCCAGCCAGAUUCUCAGCUACUCCCCCAUUCAUCUUUCAAUAACCCUCAGUUUUAUCCACAACAAGACUCUUAUAACCAUCAGGCAACCACUUCAAACUCUCAGCCGCAACAGCUACUGCAUCCAUCUAUGCCCACAUAUGAAAACCAGGCCUCGCAAAGAGACCAACAUGGUUACGAAGAGGCAUCAACACCUCAAAAUCAUCAAGCGCUGCAGAAUCAAUAUCAGACCCCACAAAUUCAACUCCAAAAUCAGCAGCAAACCCAACCCUUUCUUCAACAGCAGUAUCAGCCACAAGGCUUGCAAGCAAAUGAUCGCUCUCAAGUACCCAACAACGUAAAUAUAGGGAACACACAUGUACCUGAUGUAGAAACACUUGGAAACCAUAUAAAUUAUAACCCCCAAACAUCUCAACAACCAGACGAAGCCCAUAUCUUUGCUGAACCCGUCACUCGUUUUCGAAAAGGUCGGUCGAAUGCAGACCAAACGUCUACGAUGUCUCUAUCAGAUGAUCAUUAUGACCAGUAUGCAAUGAACCGUUCGAAUUCGGCAGGAGGACCCCACCUAAGACGGAAUCGGCCGUCUCUGACUCGACAAUCUGAGGUUCUGGCAGACGGUGUGGUAAGAUUUGGUUUGCAUUUUAUUGAACCUUUCUGCUGUAACCCCCAUCUGCUAUCUGUUAACCGAAUUUUUCUGUAGCAUUUGAAUCGGCGUUCGACGUUGGCCUCAGCCCGCGACCGCGCAAUUCCAUCAAAGCCGGCAAAUUCUUUUUACAAAAAUGAACCAGCCUCGGAUGUAGACGAAAGGGGAUCACUGCCUAAUCUAGACGAAUUGGCACAACAAGGUGUCUGUCUUAGACGGGAAGACGCCGCUCGCCUAGCGUCUCAACGCCGUCAAGAAGCCCAGCGACUACAAGAAGAGGAAGAACUUCUUCGCGCCAAUCCCCUCAGAUACCUCUAUCAUCCAGCUCUCCGGGUAUUUCUUUUUUCAUUUUCUUCUAUUUGAGUUAAAAUUUUGUUAGUUUGGAACACAAGAUGAUAUCAAAUAUUAAAACGCCAAUUUCAGAACUGGAUUUACAACAACAAGGGUCUUAUCUUGUUGGUGGCCUUCAAUGUGUGUCUUAUCUAUGUUUUAUUUUACCUGCUCACCUACGACAGGAAUCCGAACGAUUGA